UAGUAUGAAAACGACUUUCGUGCGCACAAGACACAGUUAGCGGAGAACAAGACAAGACAAGCUCCCCAAACGCAAAACACAAAACAGAGAAAACGUAACGGCCGAAAAGAAAAGAAGACGAAAUAAUGAGUGAUUGAAUAUCUAACAGCGGAUACGUUAGAAAUAAAAUUUUGAAAAAAUAGUGAAAUGAAGUUUUGAAGAGAAUUUUGGAGAAAAAAAAUAUAGAGCAAUAAAUGAAAGUUAUGACAACAACAACAACAAAAUGAAAAAUCAAACCUAAAAAAAGAGAAUUUAGAAAAAGUGACAAGUUUUGGGAAAAAAUAAAAAAAUUAAAAAAAAAUUGAAAAUUUAAAAUUAAAAUAUAAAAUAAAUAUAAUUUUGAAAAUCGCAAACUGUGAAGAAUAAAAAAAGAGAAUUGCAAAAGAAAAUCACUUUAACGAAAUUGAAUAUCUGCCGGUUUUACGGAUUUGCAAAAGUUGUAUAAGCCAGAGGCUAAGACGUAUUAUUUUGUUCGGUGUUGUGUUUGUCCGUUUGACCAAGCGACUCGCUUACAAAAAGAUUCGCUCAAGUGUAAAUUGCAAACGGUGACAGCAACAAAAAAAAAAAAAGAAGAAUCAGAAAAUACUGCUCAAGUAAUUCGAUCUUCUGUAAGAAUACAAAAGUGCCCCCCAUUCGUUGAGUUGUCAAGUGUUAAGUGACACCCCACACCGCACCACUCCACCCAACACCUCAUCACACAUUGUUGUUGUUGUUGAUUUCUUUUAGCAAAUAUGUCACAUAAAAAAGAUGUAAUAAUGACGUCCAUGCACAGCACAACAACGAAACUGGAACAGCAACAUUCGAAACCCAUCUUGAGCCCAACACGAUCGCUCGACGAAGGUUUUGAAAGUGAUCCGGAUAGGGUUUCAACGGAUUCAGAGCAUCCAACAAGUGGAACGGCAAACAAUGGCCCAGCCAGCAGCAGCAGUCAUCAUCAUCAUCAACACAGUAGCAACAACAAUGGCAAUAUUGGCAAGCCAACAACAACAACAAUAGCAAAUGCAAAUAACAAACACCAACAACAAUACCAUAGCCAACAACACAAUCAAUUACAUCAAAAUGUCGGUGGUUCUACAUUGGCACAAUUGUCAUCAGCUGCCACUGGCGGCCUGUCAGCCAAUGCUGAUUUGUCAGCUACCACGACGACAUCAUCAUCGUCCAUCUCAUCUUCGUUGUCGUCGUCAGUGGCGACGGCCGUCACCUCUUCUCCGGCCACAGCUCCCAUCGCAGCAUCGUCUACAGGUCAUGUUUUGGCCACAGCCAAGUCUAUGGAUUUAUCCAAAAAUCGUGUAAUUGCCGGAGCCAUGGGUGUUCCCCAACUCACCAGGCGUCCCAUGGUGGUAGGCUCGUCAUCCAUUCAACAACAGCAGCAGCUACUGGAAAAAUAUUUCAAAGAGCAAAGGAGGGGUUCAACCGAAAACAGGUAUGGACCAGCUCUACAGACAACACUAUCAUGUCCGGGCAAUGGCAUCUCUCCUGUGUCCUCUGCCUCUUCCAACACGGCCAUGGGUUCUCCCCAAAGCGUGCAACGUUUGCAGUAUCAAAAGCAACGUCAACCUGUGGUGGCUUCGGCAGCGGUACAAAAUCAUCGCUACACCGCGAAUUCCAAUAGCAGUGGUUUUCGUCGAGCCAAGACCCGGGCCAUGUCGCCCUCAAUACUGAAAACAUCGGGCAACUCUGGCUCCGCCUCCAACUCCUCUAAUCGCAACAAUCUCCUACUAAUGCAUCGUUCCGGUGCAGCCAUACGCUCCCAUUCAGUGGAUGCCAUUUCGCGUCAACGUCAUGGCUAUGAUCCCUCGAAUGCCCUCAUACUCAAACAUGAAUCCCCGGCCGGGGCAACGGCGAAUCACGCCUCUACGCCCAGUCGUAUGCAACACUACAAAUUCCCCGGCACGGCUGCCCAGAAUCCUAUGGUCACCACACUACCACCCGGAGCCACAAGUCAGGCACUGCUCGUCCAGCCCAUAUCCAGUGCUACGCUGGCCUCCAGUGCCGUAUCAGCUUUACCGCCUGCCACAACCGUUCUCAAUUCAACGAAUGUUGGUGAUGCCGCUGCUGCAUUGGUGGCAGCAGCCGGUGGAUCACCGGUUAUUGCCUCAUCCACGAACAGUCUCUACACAUUUUAUCCAGCCGAGGGUAAUCUACAAGUAUGGCAAUCGGAGUGUGGCGAUUUGACAUAUAAGUCAUCGCGUAAUCUACAAACGCAUAAGGCACCAGUUUGUUGGACCCAGUCGAUACCAAGGCAAACAAGAAGGUAUAUCACACCCUCGAAUGCCCCUCAGAAUUCGGUGAACUCGGCUAGUCUAAUGUACCCGGGUACAUCGGGACAAAUGUAUCGCAUGCAUCCAACGGCCAACGCAUUACACCACAAUGCUGGUGUGACAAAUCAUCCAAACCCCACAGCAGAUAUGACCGAUGGCACAGAGGCUGCAGCAGCUGGCAGUUCGUCUUCGAAUGGUUUUUCACAAAGGCUACGGGAAUUGGCAGCCUCGGCUGGCCUAAUGUCGCUGAAGACCAAAACCACAACCCUUAAGCCAGUGAUAAAAACACGUGGCUCUCCCGGUCCUGAGUUCCCCAAGAAAGUAACAUUUAGUGCUUUUGCCACAGUGCAAGUGGUGUGAUGGGAACAAAAAAAGAGGGAGCCAAUAAAAAUUAGCACUUGCUUUAUUCAAAAUUAAUAUUCUUCUUUUAUGGCGAAAGGCGUAUCAUCAACUUGGGAGCUAAAUGUCACUUAUUCUCUCUCUAGGGUUUUUUUUUUGCUCUGCAGCUGUUCACCUGGUCCACUAUGAUAUUUCUGUGUAUAUAUGUGUGUGUGUGUUUUGUAGAUGUAUGGAUUCUAAGAUGAGGUCCACACUGCUUAUCCAGCUGAUUUGUUGCUAUGUUUGUAGUCUUUAUUAUAUAAUUUUUUUAGAUUUAAGAUUUCUAAGAAAAAAAGAACAACAUGAUAUGUAUUGUAUGUAUAUAGUAAUAGUAUAUAGUGUGUAUGUAUCUGGAGUAAUCAAAGUCCUAUUUUUAAAUGCCUAAAUCUAAAACAUUUACCUAACAGUCAAUGAUUGGAUUUAUUUUGUUUGACGUUUGACAUGGCAUAAAAAAUCGAAAUGUCUUCUUUUUACAAAAAAAAUUAAAUGUAGACUUCCUGAUUACAUAUUUUAUGGUAAUCAUAGCAGGAUGGAUUUUCUAAGUUAAAGACCUUUUGUAGCUCGAUUUUUUUAGAAUAUAUUCAAGUCCCUAUGUAGAAUUUCGGAUUUCAUUUCAUAAUCUUUUAUUUAGAGUAAGGGUCGGAUUCAAACUUUCCAUAAUCAUAUAAUUCAACCAUUUGAGCUGCUGGAAUAACAAAAAAGCAUAUAUUUCUCGUUUCCUUUCGAGUAUACGAUCGGGAAUGGGACAUAUUCUUCGUGGCCAAGUAAUGUCUACUUAGCCCAUAAAAUAUGAUUGAACAAUUCACGCUCAUGGAGACUUACACCCCAGACGGCAGAGAAAAGGGCUAAGUACAUAAGAGGCUUGAAGUCACGGCUAGGCAUAUUUUGUGACUUUUCACAAAGCGAUUACAGAGCAGCACUAAAAUCCUGCCGUCGUUUUCCAUUAUAAUUUUACAUUAAUAUAUGCCAAGCCAUGACUUCAAGCUUUUUAUGUUCUUGCAUCUUAAAUUUGCCUGACAGACAGCAGUUUCUGCAUUUACGCAGCAUUUUCUAUUGGCACAUCUCAAGUCACCGGCACGUUACGUUGCCGCACGGAAGCUGUUAUGAAAUGUGUUUUUCAACAAAUUUUCAAAAAAAUGUUGACAGCUCAUGCGUCUUCCUGUAUUAUUUUGCCAUAAUAUGUUUCUUUUGACAUUUGGAAAUAAAAGUAUAAUAAAUAAUUGACUAGAACAAUGAAAAUACUUACCAUUCUCGUUAGGUUGCGUGUUAUGCAUUUUGAUUUUCACAAACGUAAACAAUUUGUCAAAAGCUGAUUGAUCUGCGACAGGGUUGCCAUAUGCCAAUCUGUAUUAAUUCUGUUUCAUUUCGCAAUAAGAAUUAACUCUGAAGACCCCCCCUUGAAUUUAGAGAAGAAAAAUUUCGCAUAGAGACUUAUAGUGCCUUAAAAACUUUAUUGGAAAAUCCUUUAAAAAUAGUCUUACGUUCCCUUGAAACUGUGGACAUCUGCGCCUAUGGAUCCCUUGUCGUGAGUAAUUCCCGUCUUUGGAGCUUAGUAUUGAGAGAUGGACCACUUCGGAGCCCUAGUAUUUAGAAAUCCAUUUCUAUAGAUCUUUAUAUUGAGAAAUAGACCACUUCGAAGCCCUCCAUGCCUGUAGAUCCUUAAUAUUGAGAAAUAUACCACUUCGGAGCAUUAGUAUUUAGAGAUCCACUCCCUUAGAUCCCAAGUAUUGAGAAAUAGGCCCCUUUGGAGAAAUCCUCGCCUAUAGAUUCUUAGUAUUGAGAAAUAGACCACUUCGGAGCCUCAGUAUAGGUCAUUAGUAUUGUGAAAUAUGCCGCUUCUAGAGAUUCUUAGUUUUGAGAAAUAGACCACUUCGGAGCCUUCCACGCCUAUAGAUCCCUAGUAUUGAGAAAUAGACCCCUUCGGAACCCUAGUAUUGGAAAUCGACGCCUAUAGGUUCUUAGUAUUGAGAAAUCGAAGUCUUCGGAACCUUAGUAUUGAGAAAUUGGCGCCUUAAGAUGAGGGUACAUAAGCAGCUUGGCAACAUGGGAAGGCAUAUUAAUGUCAAAUUAUAAAGGGAAUCGAUGGCAGAAUUUAUAAUAUGUCACAAAAUAUGCCAUGCGAAGAUUUCAAGUUGCUUAUGUACCCACACCUUUAAUGUUGAGAAAUCCCCGCCCAUGGACAUUAAAGUCUCCUAAUGUCGGAACAUUUUAGAGAGCCAAAAUCGACAACUAAAGGUGAUGGUACACAAGCAGCUUGGCAUCAUGACAUGGUAUAUUUAGUGACAUACUACACAAAAAUUCAGAGUCGCACUAGAAUCCUACCGUCGUUUGCCUUUAAAAUUUGACAUUAAUAUCCCAGGUAUUAUCCAUGGCAGAAUAAUAUAGGUAGACGCGUCGACUGCAGCUACUUGGACAAUUUUGGAACAGAAAAUCUUGAAUGAAAAAUUAUUCAAAUUUGUAAAAAUUGUUGAAAAACGCAUAUUAAAAUAACCACCGAUUGAUGUCGUAUAAGAAUAAAAAUCUACUAAUAUAAAAAAACGUUUUAAAUUUUUUUACAUCAAUGUUCCCAAGAGUUGAUGCACCUACCUUUAUUAUUUUACCAUGCAUACUACAAAUAGAUUUCAGAGCCGCACUAGAAUCCUGUCGUCGUUUACCUUUAUAAUCUGACAUUUAAAAAUUUCUAUUUGAAAUUUGACAUUUGAGCUGUAACAAUAACAGCUGCUUUUAGUUGUAUUCGCUCGCAGGGUGGACAGAUUUAUUGAAUCUCUCUCUAUAUUUUUUCCAAUGUCAAACUUCUUACAAAAUUACUCCAUUCACAGCUAAUCAUUUCACUUUUAUUCUCUAGAAAAAAAAAUA